UUAAGCACGGUUUGGAUACUUGAUACACAGAUACUUGCCUGACCGUCUGGUUGGUCAGUGCCUUCCAGUGUUUUUAUUGUCUCUCAGAAAUAAAAGACACCCCUUUAUCACUGAGCACACACAAAGAGUAGAUCAUCUGUGUAGAAAUGAAGGCUGCCGUCGCCGUGGUCCUGUUUUUGAGUCUCUUUUUUAGACUGAGCUUCAGUGUCUACAGAAAACACUUCUUUGUCAAUAGAUUCAUGACCUGGAAAGAUGCACAAAAGUACUGCAGAGAAUACCAUGAUGAUCUGUCCACUGUCACUAAAGAAGAGGCACAACUGCUCUCUAAUAAUACAGGAAUCAUUUAUGAAUAUUUUUGGAUUGGACUGCACAUGAGUCCUAACAACCGAGAACAAUGGAUUUGGUCUGGAGGUGAGGAUGAAAACAUCAACAAUUGGGACAUUGGAGAACCAAACCUCCUAGAGACUGAAAAGUGUGGUGUUGUAAGAAGAUUUAAUUCUAAACUGCACAAUGCUCUGUGCUCACGGACUCGACCAUUUUACUGUAUGAAUGUCUUUGAGCUCAUUCUGGUGCGUCAGAAUAAGACGUGGGAUGAAGCCCUGGACUACUGCAGACAGAACUACACUGACCUGGCGAGUCUAAGAUCUCAGAGGAUUAUGGCAGAGGCGAUAAAUAACACUAUAACAUCUCAGACAGCUUAUGUGUGGACUGGACUGCGCUUUAUGGCUGGUCAUUGGUUCUGGGUCAGUGGUGAUGAUCUUCAAUAUAAAGCCUGGUCUGUGGAGGGGGAGCUCCAGUGUCCUGCCCGAAAUCUGCGCUGUGGAGCUCUGGAUAGACAAAAUAAUGUUUGGAGACCCAAUAAUUGUGAGGAUAAACUGAACUUUCUCUGUCGUAAAAAGCUAUAAAUGUGUUUCAUGUUGCAAUAUACAUCCAUUUCUUCAUGUAGGCCUAUAUAUGAAAUUGAUUCUUUUAUAAAUCAUGACUAUAUAGAAGUCUAUUGCUUUACAGUAGGGUAUGUAUGGUUGUUAAAAAUAAUGGAUUUUUAACCUUUCAUUUUAGUCGUGUCAACAUGUACAUUGUCUUGUAAAACAAUGUUAAGCUGAUGUUUAAGAUCUUUUAUGAGCUUGCAGAUACAUUAUAAAACACUAUUGUAAAAAUACAAGAUUUAGAUUCAUAGUUACAUUUUAAUAGCCAUGUUAAAAAGCUAUGUAAAACGAUCAUGCUUUGUUGUUUUUAAACUCAAUGAUAUUUUCACGUAGCCUAUAUCGUACGGAUUAACCAACGGGUCUAGGACUAACCAGGCUGUAGUGUAUCAGAUUGAAUGUCUUUAUAACCAUGCCUUGAAAAGUUUAGGAAGCAAAUAAGAUAUAUUAUUGUAAAUAUAAGAUUCUAAGUUUUGCUCAUUUUGUUUGUUUCCAUUAUGUAGAUCCACCAGAGCGGCUUCUAGCAGCGAUUGUAAAAUUUUAUUCUGUAAAACAUCUUUUGCUCAGACUGCUGUAAGGCUGAAAAAAACUGGUUGUAGAGAAAAUAUCCGACCAGUGGUCUAUGAAACAAAAGGAUCUUGUUGGAAAUUAACAUUUGACCCCCUACCCCCCUUCCUUUGAGCACCUUAUCUAUAUUUCUCUCUCUCUCAAAACUCACACAAGAAUAUAUGGUUUUAAUGUGAAUGGUUAUCUUUAAGGAUUGUGUUUAGUAUCAUUAUAAAGGUCUCUGGGUGACUGGUACUUAUGUCUCAUUACCAAAGAAGUAAAUCAAAUGGUAAUAAAGUUCUUAAGAAUAUAGAAAUAUCUUGCACACGUGUCCGAGUUAACACUUUCUGACCAUUUGUCUGAAUGCAAAUUACCACUAGCAAAUGGUUACCCACAGGUAAAUUUCCACUGGAAACCCAUGCUUAGAUAUGAAAUGAGGCCUGUCUAUAUAAGGAAAAUGGAAUAAGAGCUCAGGGCUGUUUCUGUAUCAGAUCAGCCCAUGAUGCUGUGUCGUUGUCUCAUAAUAAAGGAUUUUCCUCUUUGUUCUAGAACAUUUGAUGAUUUGCAUUGGAAUUGUGGCAUUCGUGGAAUUGUAAUAAUACA